UUCCAAGCAUAGCGCACCUAAUUGGAGUCCGGCGGAAAGAUUGUAUUUAAUUCAAACUUUAAAAGAAUUGAAUAUAAUUGCUCGCUUAGACGGGCGUAAAACGAGGAACAGUGAACUAUUUAAAAAAGUUCACGAGAGGUUACACGAAGCCGGAAUAGACCGGAGCGUUGACCAGAUUAGAAACCGGUGGAAAACGCUGACAAUCGGCUACUACAAGGCAAAAGAGCAAAACAGCAGAAGCGGAUACGACCCCACAAACACAACAAACCGGGCCAGCUGCGCCGGUUCAGUGGUCCCAUGGCAGGCCUCCAAGUUGCCGCAUUGGGAGGAGGAGGUAGAGGAAGAGGAUUUAACCUGCUCAGGCGCAGUCUCUCUGACAUUGGAGGCGGUGGCCCUCCUGCUAAGCAGAGGGACAUCAACGGAGCUCUGUUAAGGCUGGCAGGCGACCAGAGGGCCAAGAGAGACGCGCGUCACGACAGCGACGCCGAGGAUGACGACGAUGUCAAAAAGCCGGCGUUGCAGUCGUCUGUUGUAGCUACCUCCAAGGAGAGAACACGCCGGGACCUCAUUCAAGAUCAGACCAUGGAUGAGAAGGGAAAACAGAGAAAUCGGCGCAUGUUCGGCCUGCUCAUGGGGACCUUGCAAAAAUUCAAACAGGAGUCUAAUGUUUGUACAGAGAAGCAAAAGCGGCGCUCCGAGAUCGAGCAAAAGCUCGAAGUUCAGGCUGAAGUCGAGAAGAAGAAAUUGGAAAGUGAGAAAAGAGAGUUGUUUGAAGAGAGGAGAGCCAAACAGACUGAGCUUAGACUACUCGAACAGAAAGUCGAAUUGGCUCAGUUGCAAGAGGAGUGGACCGGCCACAAUAACCACCUGGUGAAAUUCAUUCGCACCAAGGCCAGGCCACACAUCUUCUACCUCCCUGGGAAGAUGUGCUCUGCCACCCAGAAACUCCUCGAUGACUCCACCAAGAAACUAAAUGCUGUGUUUGAAGAACGGCGUGAAGCAUUCACAGAACACAUCAACAAGAUGGAGUCCCGACCGCGGCGACAGCCGAAUCGUGACCAGGACGGCAGCUCUGCGGCGACAGGGAAGGACCACUCGGCGGAGGGUAAGCCAGCAGGUCAGGUAGACAAGGUGACAGGUAACAAGAGGGCUGCCAGGAUUGAGGAGAACGAGGAUGAGGAGGAUGAGGAUCAGGAAGAGGAGGAAAAAGAGAAAGAGGGAGAUGGAGAACAGGGGGAGGCUGCAAAGGUCACAGAGAAGGUAGAGCUAGAGGAAGGGGAGAGUAGGGAAGGGUUAAAUGAGGAUGAGGCAAUGGAGUUUGAGGAAGUGGGGAAUGGGGAAAAGGAUGGGGAGGAGAAGGAGAAAGAGGUGUGUGAGGAAAAAGAGGAGGAGGCAGCUCCAGGAUCAGAGAAGAUGGAGGUGGAAGGAGGGAAAGAGCAGGGUGACACCAAUAAAAUGGAGCAGGACGAAGACAGUAAAGAGGGUCCCUCUGACCUUGAAACGGAAAAGACUGAGAUCACCUCUCCGUCGGAACCGGUCGUGAGCCAACAAGAGGCGUCUAACAGUGCUCAGCUUAGCCCGACCACCCCCAACCCGGAGGCCCCGUUGUCUGAGCCCCAGGAAGCGUCUCCGGCCUCAACGUCCAACACGCCAGGGCAGGAGCCAGCCGUCCCAUCCUCUGUGGUCCAGGAUUCCGGCGACCACAACGAAGCCGAGCAGAGGCAAUCCGAGGAUGAAUCGGCCGCGAAGCCUCAGCUCGAUUCACAGGACGCGGCCGGUGAUCCGGCGGAACUUUUGAAGGGAGAGGAAGAUCCCGCCAGGGGGAGGAAGAAGGCGAAAGAGUCGAAAAAAGGCCGCACCAAUAGUCGCAGCUCCUCUUCUUCCUCCUCUGGCUCAUCGUCCAGCGGAAGCUCUUCAUCAUCUUCCGGUUCGAGCCGCUCGUCAUCCUCGUCGUCAUCCUCGUCGUCCUCGUCCAGCAGCCGAAGUCGCAGCCGGGACAACGGCAAGCGCAGCAGGAGGCCGUCGGGCAGAGAGAAGAAGAAGGAAGAGCGGAGUCAACGCAAAAAGGGAGGGAGUAGUGGAGGAGGAAGCAGGGAUGCCAAGGAAGGGAAGAAGAGAAGGAGCGAUGAAGGCAAGAGCAGGUCAUCUCGGAGUGAUAGAGAACAUAAAGAUAGAGAGAGGAAGGACAAAAGACGCUAAACUACAUCACGUUUUGUUCCGUCCCCCAAAGCGGGCAUCUAUAACGUUCAAACUAAUCACAUUUCAAAUUUUACACAUCUAUUUUUAAAGCAACCAAUACAGCACCGUUCAGUUAAAGUUUAGGCAUAAUGUUCCAGAUUUGGCCACGGUAAAAUAAAACAUUUUAGGAAAAUGGAACAGUGUCUUACUGUUGUCUUUAAUUAGACCAUUUCAAUGUGGUUUUGAGGAAAGACGGAUUAAGAUUUUUAAAGAAUGUUGUGCAAAAGCAUAUGUGAUAUUUUGGUAGUCUCAUGAAAAGGGUAUUUUUUCCAUCCUGCUGUCCUUCAUGAUGAUACCAUGCUAGUGACACGUCUCUAGUUGUGACUCCUGUGUCACUUGAUCCAUGUCAUAGUUGUCUUAUGUGAUUUAUUGGUUUUUGGGAAUGUUUUUCAUUGUUUUGUAUCAACCAACCUGCUUCAAAUUAAAGGUGAGAAAUGAAACUGCUUGUAUCUUUGUAUGUCCACAUUAGUUUAAGUACUGUAUAAAUGUAAGCGCCUUAAAAGAUAAAUGUUCACAGGAAAUUAACUUAAAAUACUUUUUCAUGUGAGGCCCAGGCAGAUUUAACCCUUUCAGGGACAGUGGUCACUACAGUGAACAGCUAUUUAAAAGUUGGCACCUAGAAUUUUCAUUUAGAGCGCUAGUGACUAUUU